AUGGUUUCAUGUGCUGCCUCUAACCCACCCUCCAUGCGGCAACUCAGCCAAGCAGGAGUUGGAGGCAGGAGUUGGAGGGAAGAGUGCAGACAGCACUAUAAUGUCGCGGCAAACCCAGGAGAACACGGGGAUGGCGGGGGCUCUGCAGCGCAGCUGCGGCAGAAAUGCCACGACCAGCAGCAACAACAGGAGCUGCAGCAGGCCAUUCGGCAUCAAACCCAGCAGGAAGGGAAUAUCCAGGGCGGUGACUGCUCUGUCGGCAUUGCCAGCAUCGCUGGCCACGGCCUCUCCUGCCGGCCGAUCCAGUCCCAGCAGCCGCGGCUGCUGCCCCGAGCACAUAUAAUCUGGGUCUUGGACACUUGCCCGAACUGUGGUCCGUAUGGACCUGUGCAGUUGCACCAGCCCCGAAACCAAGUCUUGUUCGACUCACGGCAGCGGGAGCUUUUGGAGAGCAGGGCCGUGGUGCUAGCGGCGCAGCGCAAGGGGCGGCAGGCGGCAGCAGCGCAACGGAGCGGGCUCCAGAAAGCCAGUCACGGCAGGUAUGGAGCUGCGAUGUGCAAGCUGCCGGAAGCGCCCUCUGGACCCUCCGCCGUGGCUCGCGAGCAUGGCCCUGUACGGCACGCCUCCGGCCUAUUGCAGCGGUCCAUUUUCGCCUCAGGCAGCGGAGUCGCCUUCGGCAAGAAUCGCUGGGCCUGGUGUGGACAAUGGGGCAUAGGGCAAUGCGGAGAAUGUUUGGGAGAUGCCGACGGGGCAGGAUAG